AUGCGGGGGCGUUCCUUUUCCCGCUCCGUUUCCACGUCAGCAUCAGGCGGCCGAUUCGGGGAAUUUGAGGCCAUAUGGGAAGCGGAAAGCCGGGAUGGGGAUUGGGACGACGGCGAUUCGCCUACCUUUGCCCGCGGAGUGACCGCCACGCUAGGGCGCAGAAGCAGCGGAAACAACGGGAGCAGCGGAAGCGUCGCAGCUGAGUCGUCUUCCGGUUUUCCCAGCCGAAGCGACAGUAGGGUCUUGGGACUGGAGAAAACGGCAGAGACGGCAGAAAUGACGGCGGCCGGCGCGGAGCUCGCGGAGGCGAUGGCGGAGAGCGGCACGAUGGGCCCCGCCGCGCUAUUGAUGGAUCGCUUCGAUUGCGACGGCGGCGGUGGCGGUGGCACUGGCGCCGUGUCGGCACGGCAGCGGUUCCCAGAUUUUGCCGAGGAGGGCUUGCCACGUGGUGCUCCGAGCACGUCCGUCUUGACUAACGGUUCACAUGCCAACCUGCUGACCGGCUCGCUAAGCGGUUUGCCGACUCCGUCAGCUCUGCCAACGUUUUCUGUUUUUCCAAGACACUCUGACUCUGCUGUGCACUUACGAAAGCCCCUGGAAAUUUCCGAGCAUCUUCCUUCGUCAGCGCGGGCCACGUCAGCACGCGCGCAGCCGGAAAUGUUCCGCGGUAAGGGCUCGGCUCGGGGGCUCUUAAACCCUGGCGCGGUGACCCUGCCGCUGUUCCACGUGCGCGAAGGGUUCUGCGCGUCUUUCUCCGCACCCGGGGGAGGGUUUGGCGCGCCCGCGUCGUCCGCGCGACUGAGGCGCCGCGUCACCGCCCCGGCGUUCGCUCCGUUUCUGAAGGCCGCGUCUGCGCCGCCCGCAGCCCCAUCCGCCCCUUCCGCGGCCGAGCCUGCGUCAAUCGCAACCGGAUCUGCGCCGCCCACAGGGUCCUCGGUACAAGCAGCCCCUUUAUCGUCCACAGUUGCGUUUAAACAGUCUAUACUGUCGGCUAUUGGUGCCAAGCCUGCUGCUGGUAACCCGAUUCCCGCCACCGCCAAGCCUCCCUCGCGCAGACUCCCCGCGUAUUCCCGUUCCGCUUCCCGAACCCGCUCCGCCUCGUCCGCACCCUCCGCUCCCCCCGCACACCUCCGCAGUCCCGAUCUCGUCGCGCCGCAAUCCCUCCCCGCGCGCCCCACCUCCCCUACGCCCACGCUCCCCCCUUCCCCCGCCCGCCAAGCCCCUCACUUCGCCCCCUUGCCCGAGCGCAAGGCUCCGCCUGCCCUUUCCCCCGCUCUCCCGCAAGAGCUCCAGCCUGCCGGCCGCUCCGCCGGCCGGCCGCGGCGCCUGCCGGCCGUGCACGCGCUGGCGGACGGCGCGCUGGCGCUGCUGGUGCCGCUGGCGGGAUCCGGGCCGCAGGUGCUGCAGAUGCUGGGCGGCCCGGCGGAGUGGGUGAGGCGGUUCGUGGUGUCGAUGGGUCUGGCCGUGGCGCUGUACAGUGUGAGCGUGAUCGCCGCCGUGACUGCCGCGUUCUACUGGGCCUGGUGGCCGAUCUGGCGCGCUGUGGCGAAGAAUCUAGCGAUGCGCGUUCGGUACAGACAUGCUGGGUUGUGGAAGGCGCGGCUGCUGGACUUGCAGGUGGUGCGUGUGGGGAGGCAGACCAGGUGGCGCGUGCUGAUUGGCGACCACAGCCGCACCACCCUGGAGAUGGAAGUUGUGCCGCCUCACAAGAGUGUGCGCCUGAGCCGCGGCGACCCAGUGGAGCUUCUUGUCCUAUCUGACUGCCCCUCGCUCUCGCGAUUCCGCGCCGCCCGGGAAAUCUUCUUUCCCCAGCGGUCCCUCUGGCUGGUGGGGGACAAGCAGGCGUGUGUGGAGCGGUCAGUGUUUGAGGAGAUGAGGAGGAAGGUGGCUUUAAGAGCCGCUGUGGAGGAUGGGGAGGACAGUGAGGGGGAGGACUGGGAUGGGCUGUACUCGUUAUUGACUGAUGAAAACGAGCAGCUGCUGCAGAAUUAUAGUUAUAACGAGGCGUCUAGUAUGCAGGCGGAGAUGGAAGGUGGUGGGGGGAAGGGUGUCGGGGGGAGUCUGGGGGGAGGGUUACCUGGGGUGGGUGGUUUCGAUGGGGUGGCUGGGGGUAUGUCUGGGGGAGGCGCGACUCUGGGCGGAAUCACUUCUUUCCCUGAAGAUUUGGGGGUAAAGGAGGAGCAGGAGUUAAUGGCCCAUCAGGGGUUGUUGGAUUACUCUGCGAUGGAGGGAGCAGGUUCGGGAGGAGGAUUCCGAGACCCGGCGCUGGUUAGUAGCUUCGGCGGCGGAGGCUCGGUAGGGGCGGUGGCGGAUGGGUUGGCAGCUUCGUCGUCGUGCCUGAUGGAUGGUGGAGGCUCGGGGCCGCUGUCUGUGCUUCUGAGUGACAGCCAGGAUUCGGAGUUGCUGGAAAGGUUACGGGAGGUAUGA